AAAAAACGAUGCAUACGAUCCACUAAUAUUUGCUUCCUGUCAAACCGGUUGUUUUGAGGAUGGGAUUGAGUAAAACCGAAAUUAAUCUGAAAAGAUUGCUAGCAGCUGCUCCACAACAACAAAACAAAGUGAAACUUGUGCAUUAUGUUGCUACUUUACGCGAACAGUUGGAACAACUCGCCACAGAGCAAACUCCAGAAGGACUACCCAGACUUUCAAAAGCUAUAGUGAAUGAUUACUCGGAGAAAAUUGAAGUCCUUGCAGCCAAGCUGGCUAUCCCUGUGCUGGAGAGUGUACAAACGCCUGAACUGAGAGUGAAAACAUGCGUUAAAGAAAACAACAGUAAAAAAGAAGAAGAAAGUAUUAGCCUUUCACCAGGGUUGAGAAGAAGACUAGUGCCUUCUUCUGGUGAACAUAGAAGCCAAGAUAGUUGUGAAUCAUCAUCUGGUUCAUCAUCACCUGUUAAAUUGGAUGCUACAGCACAAGCACAUGUCACAAAACACAGGAAACUUCAAGAAGAUUUGACAGAUGAAAUGGUGGAUUUGGCACGACAGCUCAAAGAGAGAAGUCUUUUGAUGAACAAAUCCAUACAAAAUACUGAAAGAAUUCUUGAUUCGACUGAAAAAGCAGUGGAGCAUAGCCUGGCAAGCACAGGACAAGCGAAUACACAGGCUAUGGCUGUAUACACACAGACUUCCAACACCUCAUGCUUCACGUGGUUUCUCAUGUUUUUAAUGACGUGUAUUUUCGUCAUGGUGGUUCUUCUUAUCAAGCUCACUUAA